GAAAUGUUUUCUUUUCGGCAAGCUUCUCUCCUCUUCUAACAUGGUCGCAUCUGCUAGAACCAGAUACACAUAAUUGAAACGAGUUUCGAUAAAUGGAAAUGUUCGCUUACUGAUUUAGAGUUUAGAUUUUUAGUUUGUGAAGUAAGUUUUCGCCUUUUCUAAUCUCGAAGAACCUCAGAAUCGAGCCUGGAAAGCCAUGUACAGAGCUCUAUGGCUUUCUCCAUUGCGAUUUAUUGUGAGCUCGUCGUCGUCAAAGUUAACGCCUUACGUAUCUCGAGGACGAGGACUAAGUGGAAUUGAUAAUGGGGCUGGUUGUUCUUGUUCUCGUAGUGUCACGACAAUGAUUGGUAAUGAAUUCAUUCGAUGCCAAGAUGAGUCAAAGAUCUUACAGUUGCAGAUUGUUGAUGCCCUUCGUUCAGGAGAGAGGCAAGGAGCGUCAGCAUUGCUUUUUAAGUUAAUACAGGGGAAUUAUUCACUUAGUGCUGAUGAUUUUCAUGAUAUUCUAUAUUAUUGUGCUCGAUCACCGGAUCCUGUGUUUGUCAUGGAGACUUACAGUGUAAUGUGCAAGAAGGAAAUUAGUCUGGACAGCAGAUCUUUGUUGUUCAUAGUAAAAUCCCUUUGUAAUGGGGGACACUUAGAUAAGGCAUCAGAGUUUAUUCACGCUGUCAGAGAAGAUGAUCGUAUAUCUCCUCUUCUGCCUAUCUAUAACUUUUUUCUUGGAGCCUGUGCACGAACGAGAAGCGUAUAUCACGCUAGUAAAUGUUUGGAAUUGAUGGAUCAACGGAGAGUGGGGAAGAAUGGAAUAACUUAUGUAGCACUUCUCAAGCUUGCAGUUUUUCAGCGCAAUCUAUCAACUGUCAAUGAUAUCUGGAAACACUAUGUCAACCACUAUAACCUGGAUAUACUUUCUCUCAGAAGAUUCAUAUGGUCCUUUACAAGGCUAGGGGAUUUGAAAUCAGCAUAUGAAUUAUUGCAACACAUGGUGUAUCUAGCUUUAAGAGGAGAGUUCUUUGUUAAAUCCAACAGAGGAAAAUUGCAUUCCACGAGACUGUAUAUUCCUGUACCAUCAAAAGAUGAAACAGGAUCAGAGAAAUUUGCUUUUGGAGUAACUGAUCGCAUUGUGGACUGCAAUUCGUCUUCAAAAGUGGCUUUGCCGAAAGGUCACAAUAAAAUCCUUGCUAUUAGGGUCCUCAGGUGGUCGUUCAAUGAUGUGAUUCAUGCAUGUGGACAAUCUAAAAACUCUGAGCUAGCGGAGCAGCUAAUGCUUCAGAUGCAAAAUCUUGGGUUGCUACCAUCAAGUCACACAUAUGAUGGUUUCAUUAGAGCUGUUGCAUUUCCAGAAGGAUAUGAAUAUGGCAUGACACUGUUGAAAGUAAUGCAGCAGCAGAAUCUGAAACCAUAUGAUUCAACUCUAGCUACGGUUGCAGCCUAUUGCAGUAAAGCCCUUCAAGUUGAUUUAGCUGAACAUCUGCUGGAUCAAAUAUCUGAAUGCUCAUACUCAUAUCCUUUCAAUAACCUUCUUGCUGCAUAUGACUCCUUGGAUCAACCAGAGCGUGCUGUCCGAGUUUUGGCUAGAAUGAAAGAGCUAAAACUGCGUCCAGAUAUGAGGACCUAUGAACUGCUCUUUUCCUUAUUUGGUAAUGUAAAUGCACCAUAUGAAGAGGGCAACAUGUUGUCCCAAGUAGACUGUUGUAAAAGGAUUAACGCUAUAGAAAUGGACAUGAUGAGAAAUGGUUUUCAGCACAGUCCUAUCUCAAGGCUGAAUGUGCUUAGAGCUCUCGGAGCUGAAGGUAUGGUGAAUGAGAUGAUCCGACACCUGCAAAAGGCUGAGAACCUCAGUGCUCACAGCAAUAUGUAUCUAGGAACGCCUACAUACAACAUAGUGCUUCAUUCACUUCUCGAGGCAAACGAAACUGACAUGGUGAUCAAUAUAUUCAAACGUAUGAAAUCAUGUGGCUGCCCUGCAGACGUUGCUACCUACAAUAUAAUGAUUGAUUGUUGCAGCCUUAUUCACUCGUAUAAAUCAGCUUGUGCCCUAGUUUCCAUGAUGAUCCGUGACGGGUUUUCUCCAAAAGCUGUUACAUUUACUGCUCUGAUGAAGGUAAUAACAAAGUAUCUGAUUACAAUUUUAAAAGUUUGCUGCCAUUGUUUCUCAAGAACUUGCUACAAGUAAGUAUUCAGUUCAGGAUGAAAGAAUUCUACACACAGUACAGACACAUACCAAAUUUUCUUGAACCAUCGCUCACGCUCAGAACUUCCAAUUUUUUUUUUGGAAUCUAGCAGCUUAUUGCUGUUCAUUUAAUUUUAAUUAACUAAAGCUGUGUAUCCUCUUAGAUUUUGUUGAAUGAUGCGAAUUUCGAGGAGGCACUCAAUCUCUUGGACCAAGCGGCAUUAGAAGAGAUACAUCUUGAUGUCUUAUCAUACAACACCAUUUUGCGUAAAGCGUUUGAGAAGGGAAUGAUUGAUGUGAUUGAGUACAUAGUGGAGCAAAUGCACCGAGAGAAAGUGAAUCCAGAUCCAACGACAUGUCAUUAUGUUUUCAGUUGUUAUGUGGAGAAAGGGUAUCAUGCAACAGCUAUAGAAGCUUUGAAUGUUCUGAGCUUAAGGAUGCUCAACGAAGAAGACAAGGAGAGUCUUCAGGACAAGAAAAUAGAGCUAGAGGAAAAUUUCGUCAUGAGCGAAGACCCUGAAGCUGAAACAAAGAUAAUCGAACUGUUCAGAAAAUCUGAGGAGCAUCUUGCUGCAGCACUUCUGAAUCUAAGAUGGUGUGCAAUGCUCGGGGGCCGGAUAAUAUGGUCGGAAGACCAAAGCCCCUGGGCCAGAGCACUCUCCAACAAGUACGGUUAAUAGGUAGAAUGGGAAGUGUUUUCCUGAAUAAGAGCUGGUGUUGAUUAUCUGCCAUUUCACUAAGCUGCUCCGUUUUGGUUUUGUAUCCUAUACAAACUAGUUAGUGACAACACAGUUUUGGAGGUCACCAAUCGAUUCGGUUAGAUGAGACGGAUCAACAAUACGGUUAGAAGCAUUUUUAAGCGGCUACGAACCACCUAAAUACAAGGCGACUUGCGAACCAUCAAAUGCGAGUUUUGUUAUUUACUUUAGAUUCUUACUGUAACUUUUGUUUAUUUUUACCUUUCAACAACUGUGUAUCAAAGAAUUAGCCAAAGAUAUUCCAAUUGCACCUGGUUAUACAAAGUUAUAAGUAUGUUUUCUGAAUAUGG